AUGACUACCGUUCCUCAAGGCCCUGUUGAGGCGCGCUCACUCUCAUCCGUCACCGCGAUUGCAUCCAACCCCCCGCCUAUCCACGCAAUCCCACCCACGAGAAACACGACCCACUGUCGCUACAUAUUCCUCUCGCCUCUGAAGCCACCGACGAAAUCCAGUGUCUCAGCAGAGGCUAUAAAUGCCUCCCUCUAUUACCUCCAUGUCGCAACACCCGACGACGACACCCUUCUACAGGAAGUGGAACAACAGCGCGAAGAGGAAGCCCUGCUCCGCAAAGAACGCCUGGAAGCAGCAGGCGACGACCCCGCGCAACGUGAAUUCGCUCGGCUGAACAAUGUUCGCCGCAAGCCUGUAGCUGGAGGGGAGACAGGCCCGGAUGGUUUUACUCAUGAACUCCCAACGCUGCCACAAGAACCUGCUGCGCCAGCUUUGCCUCCGCGGCCGAUCCCCGAUUCGCGAGCUUCAGCGGAGAAUGUUUCGUUGGCUGGGGCCCCCGUUGCUCUUGCACAGCCUGGUCGUGGUGUGCCAGAGGAGGAUCUGGUUGACUCAGGUGGCAAGAACGGCGUCCAGCGACGACCAUUACCUCCUCUCCCGCCGGGUGAAGAGUCGUGGACUAAUUCCCCGGCGGGCGAGGACCCGUAUAAACGGUCGAGUAGAUGGAGCGCGUUUGCGGGCCAUCUACAAAACAAGGGAUUGGAGCUGCAGAAUAAGGGAUUAGAGCAGUGGAAGGAAAGAUAUGGGGCACUGUCGGCUGGCCGUCAUAGUCUUGACUCUCCAAGGCCGCAAUUGAGGCCUCGUUCGUCGCAUGACCGCACUGGACUAGCAUCUCCAAAUAGGAGUCCUGGACAGUCGCCUUCGAGAUUGAGACAUGCUCAGAGACCGCCAUCUAGGAGCUCAGGGUUCCAUAUUACACUUAUUCGGCGAGAUCCUACGUCUGGUACGCAAUGGAAUGUUGCGACUAUUUCGACUCCGCGAAUGGACCGCAAUGCCGUUGAUAUUGAGAUUUCCACGCCGGGUUAUAACCGGUUCGUGGGUCUUGAUGAACCCCUUUCAUUGACCAGUCUGGCUGGCAAUCUCCCGCCAGGUUUAGGUCGGCUAUCGAACUCUGCGGUUCCCCAAGCCCUAACUGCCGAACAACCAAGGGAAGCCAAACAGCAAUCUGGGCCUCGCAAAUUCCACCGCCAGCUCUGUGUUUCGAAGCCCUUCGACGACACCGCUUCCCCAGAUUGCAGCAACGGACACGUCCCAGAUGGCCAGUCCAAGCUGAAAAGCGGCUACUACGUAUUCACCUCGCCCUGGAACGGCACUUGCACCUUCGCAAGCAGCGUCAAUGGUCGCAGCCUCAAGUGCAAACACAUGAUCCCUCAUCCGCCCGGUGCAGUCCAGCCAAACGGUGAGGCCGAAGCACCACCCGCCGUGACCGUCGCCGAGCUGCGCUUCAACACCCCAUUCCAAGCAGCCAACCUACACUCGCACGCCCACCAUGCCAAUCACAAACCACACCCAAACCAUGUCUCGCCCUUCACGCAAAGCCAACAGAGUCCAACUUUCCCGCGCAACGAUAUCAACGAUCUACCAACUCCAGCUUCGAGCAUCGGUCCCAAUGGCUUCCCCCAGCCGAACUACCAACCCCCCGAUUCUGACAAUAGUACCAAUUCCAAUACCCCCAAACGCCCUACCUCCUUCUCAGCCCUCCUAAAUCCAAACAUCUACUCCCGCCCCCGCGCCCACUCCGGCCCAGGCCCAACACCCUCCUACCAACCCUACAAUCCAAACAUCAACACCCCCUCCGACCCAAAACAACCCUUCACCCCAGGAGCCCUUCUCCGCCGCACCUCCCUCCGCGCCCAGCGCUUCGCCCGUCAAAGUCACAUCUACGCAAACCCACAAGGCCACCCACCCAACUCCGGUCCCGGCUCCGGCUACCAGGCCCAAUCCCGACACAACCGCAGCACGAGCGCGAGUUCUGGCCAAGAUCUGGACUACGAUUCCGAUGAAGAUCGUCUUGAUUUCUCGCUCGCAAGGGAGAAUGCUGGGGGUGGGCUGCGUGGCAAGAGUGCUAAGCUUGGGAAGUUGGUUAUUGAGGAUGAGGGUAUCAAGAUGCUUGAUCUUGUUGUUGCGGCUUGUAUGGCUGUUUGGUGGAGAGGAUAUUAUUAUUAG